AAUUCCAGGGGAUAGUUGAUUAGGAAUUUUGUUCUCCGAAAAUUGAAUCAGAAAUGUCGAGAAAUUUGCAAGUGCUGGCGAUUGAGCCUUCUCAUGAGCUUGUCUUUAAAGGUCCUUUCAAUGAUGUAGUAACUUGUCAGAUGAGGUUGACGAACCCUACAGAGCGUCAGGUUUGCUUCAAGGUGAAGACCACAGCUCCAAAACAGUACUGUGUCCGUCCGAACUCGGGUGUUCUCAGUCCAGGAGAAACAUGUAAUGUAGCAGUUAUGCUUCAACCGUUUGAUGCAUCCAGUAAUGUAGAAGUGGAACAUACAAAGCAUAAAUUCAUGGUACAGAGCGUUUAUGCACCACCAGGCGAUCUCUCAUUAGAUAGUAUUUGGAAAAAUGCACAGCCUUCCGAACUUAUGGAUUCAAAGUUGCGAGUAGUCUUCGAGCAUCCUCCUGCUUCGGAGUACGGAGGCGAUAAAACACCUCCUCGAGUGUCCUCUGAAUCAAAACCAGCAACUGGUGGAUAUGCUGCGAAUCUGGAUGUCGAAGUGCGUCGUGUAAUUGAAGAGAAGAAUAGAGUAGAAGCUGCGAAGGCUAGUUUGGAAAGGGACAAUAAUAACCUUAAGGCUCGACUUGCUGCACUUGAGGCAAUUCCUCAAGUCACGGGUAACCAGACAUCAGAAGGUGGAAUCACAAUUCUUCAGAUGGUGUUGAUUGCAUUUGCUGCCCUUAUGUUUGGACUCAUUUUUGGCAAGCUGUUCUGAGAUGAGAUGGGAUGUACUUAUUGCUUUUGCCAAGACGAUAACUGACACAAUUAUCAUUCAUCCCAGUAGAGAAACUCAGAAAGUUAGCGUGAUGUAAAUCCAUUUCAUCCACGAAUGAUUAUAUCUUUUUCUCCUUUUCGUUACUUAGUUAUAAUUUAACUUUUUUAUCUUUCCUCGUCUAUUGGAUCAUGGUAUAGUUGGACGUAGUAAAUUUUGAUGAACCCUACAUUUAUUAUUUUUCUGUUGUUUUCCUUUUUUCUGCUUAAAAAUAACGAUGCCUGGUGAAAUGUUAUUUCUGGGUGUCGGAUUUUCCUUUUCUUUCUGUUCAAAAAUAACGAUGCGUGGUAUGAAAUGUGGGAUGGGAAAGUCGAGGAAGAAAGGAGUAUGGGUGGAGCAAAUUUGCUUCCGUGAUUGUUCAGUCCUCAGUGGACUGGAGUUCAUUGCUGUUAUGUUACGGAGACUUUGAUAUAUAUUCCGAAUGCGACUAAUUUAUCUCCUUGUGAGGAAAAGCUUCUAGAAUGUGGAAUAACCUAAGUAAUUCAAUUGCAGUCAUUAGUAUUUAAAGUACCAGUAAUUGUGAAGGCGAUCCUUCAUUUAGGAAGUGGUAGUGGAACUUUUCUUUUUUUUCAGAGAAACGUAAGCAGCAGAAGUAAUACAUUGUAACUGUUUAAUCAUACUGUCGUUUAAGAAUCGAAAUCAAAUGCCCACAUGUUUUAUUUAAAUGAGAACUUCGCUUGUUAUUCGUUCAUUUUUGUUGGAGAGAUGUUGAAUAAAACUAUCGAG